CUGGUGGGAGCUGCAUCUCUCUAGCGCCUGUCUCCUCACCAUGCAGCCAAGAGACCACAUCAUAGGGGGUCUCCUCCUGGCAGCCACCUUGUCUCUAGUCCACUGUCAGAAUGUUUUUUUGAAUAGCAAGGAGGCCAUGAGUGUCCUGAAACGCUCCCGCAGGGCCAACAGUUACCUGGAAGAAAUUCGGCAGGGGAACAUGGAACGGGAAUGCAUUGAAGAGAUCUGUAGCUAUGAGGAGCUCCGAGAAAUAAAAGAGUCUAAAGUAGAAACGGAUAUCUUUUGGGCCAAAUACAAAGAUUGUGAACCAGAGAAGAAAACCAGAAACGACCGGGAAGAUUGCUUAAAAGGAACGAGUACGUGCGCUGAAGGAACCGGAACCCAUUACAGAGGGAAUGUCAGUGUGACAAGGUCUGGCAGAGAAUGUCAGUACUGGAUAAGCAACUACCCGCACAAGACCAAGUUUAACCCCACCACUAACCCCAGCCUCGUUAAAAACUAUUGCCGCAAUCCAAAUGACAACCCCACGGGACCAUGGUGUUAUACGAAGGACCCUCAAAAGCAAUGGGAGGAGUGUGUUAUACCUUUGUGUGGCACAAACAAAACCACAGUGGAACCUCUAAUCCAAAAAGUCCCAGAUCAGUCGGUGAAAAAGGAACCGUGUGAGCGGGAAUUCGGACUCCAUUAUGAAGGGAAACUGGCAGUGACCAUCUCCGGCCUUCCCUGUCUGCCCUGGGAUUCACCAAGUGUCCAGCAGCACAGCCGCAAAGACUUCAUCAAAGAAGUCAAACUGCAGGAAAAUUACUGCCGGAACCCAGACAAUGACGGGGAGGGAUUGUGGUGCUAUGUGUCCCACCCCAAUUUAACCUAUGACUAUUGCCCCAUGAACUACUGUGACAGUCCCAUAGACGAGGAGGUUCUAAACAGGCCUGCUGGUAGGACGACUACUGAAGAGCACCAGACUUUCUUUGAUGAGAAGAGCUUUGGAUCUGGAGAGGCAGUUUGUGGCCUGAGGCCCCUCUUUGAGCAGAAGUCCGUUGAGGAUAAGGGUGAAAAAGAACUGCUGGAGUCCUAUAUGCAGGGCCGGAUCGUUAAGGGAGAAACUGCCGAGCCGGGCAGUGCACCAUGGCAGGUAAUGCUGUUUAAGAAAAGCCCUCAGGAACUGCUCUGUGGGGCCAGUUUGUUGAGUGAUCGCUGGGUGCUGUCUGCUGCCCACUGCAUCUUCUAUCCUCCCUGGGAUAAGAACUACACCACCGAUGACAUCCUGGUGCGGAUUGGCAAACACUUCCGUACGAAGUAUGAGAGAGCAACAGAGAGAAUAGCACAGCUUGAACGCAUUAUUGUUCAUCCAAAAUACAACUGGAAGGAGAACCUUGACAGGGACAUUGCUCUUAUCCAACUCAAGAGACCAGUGGCCUUCAGCAACUAUAUCCACCCUGUGUGCCUACCCACCAAGGACACUGUGGUCAAGCUCCUUGCAGCUGGAUACAAGGGCCGGGUAACAGGUUGGGGGAAUCUCCAAGAGACAUGGACUUCUGGGGCACAAAACCUUCCACAAGCCUUACAGCAGAUAAACCUUCCCAUUGUGGAUCAGGAAACCUGCAAGUCCUCCACCAACAUCAAGGUCACGGACAAUAUGUUUUGCGCAGGGUACAACCCAGAGGACAGCAAGAGGGGAGAUGCAUGUGAAGGAGACAGCGGAGGUCCAUUUGUCAUGAAGGACCCAGACACGGGCCGUUGGGUGCAACUGGGCAUUGUAUCGUGGGGGGAAGGCUGCGACCGCGACAACAAAUACGGCUUUUACGUCCACGUGCAUCGCAUGAGAAAGUGGAUUAUGAAAACGGUAGAGAAGUUUGGCAGUUAGGGCCCCGGGGAAGCCAGAAAGGAAUCCCACAAUACCCAAAUCCCAGCACCCAUUACUGCCCCCAUCUGGUUGCUCAUACACCCAUCUCUAGACACCAUAUAAAUAUAUAUAUAUUAUUUGCUAACAUGGCAUUUCAAUAAAAGUUCAAAAUAGA